AUGAUAUUUAAGGAAGAGGACUACUCAAAUCACUUCACUGCGAGAAGUAAGCUCACCAGAGGAGAUACAGUGGCCUCAAGUCAAGGAAUUCUUCCCCAUUAUCUUGGUUUCUCUGCUACAUCUUGGAUAAGGUAAGCUAAGGUACCAAUUAGAAAGUUUGUUUACUGUUUCUUCUUACAAUGAUUAGCAGUCAGGAUACUCUCCACCGAAUUGCUGCGAUCUUUUUUACCCUCACUAUUAUCCAGGGCUCGAGUCGCACUCUGUCCACUGGGUAGAUUUGCUUCUCGAUUGUCCUCGGUUCAAAUCCGGAUCCUCGGCCAUUUUCACAGCUGUCAAAUGAGUGAAAUUUGCAAAAGUUAAGCGAAAUACUCCAAAGUUAAGGUUGCUACUUUCACCAUCGAAAGUUUAGGGUAUUACCAACAUCCUGUUAGUUUACUAAACUUUUUAAAAGUUUACUAAAAAGGUUCUAAGUGAUUGAAAACUGAUGCUGACGUUAUUAUCGGCGCCAUUUUCAAACAUGAUUCUCUUUUAGCGCGAAGCGUUUUCAGCGAAAAAAGUUACGUUGACUAACUGAUUUAUAAAUCUUUCCCCAUUUUUAUCUAACUGGUAAAUGAAAUUCCAGCAAUAAAAAACAAAAAUAACGAUUUAGACGUUUGACCGCGGUGGUCUCGGCCAUGCUUGUACCAAGUGGUUGCUUCGUUCCUGCCAGUUGGUUACGUUCUAUUUAGAUUGUUUAUUUCGAAUAAUUUGACUAAGUGGGUAAAGCAACUAAGGGCACUUUGACCAUAGACAAAACAUUUACUUCUUAUUUUUUGUUUUCUUUCUUUAAUUCAAGUGUCAUUGUCAGACAAUACUGAUUCAUCAAAAUAUUCCUUAUUUUGUUUUAACAGUUGUAAACGGAGAAGCAUUUUCAAAGAGAAAAAUGAAACCAACAAGGUAUUGACGUUUAUUUUCAAAUUUAGAAAAAGACUAUUAUUAUUUAUUUAAGAAACCAACAAGGUAUUGACGUUUAUUACAUACUUAAACUUAAAAUUUAUUUAAAUUUAUUUAUUUAUUUUCAUAUGAUUUUGGUAUUCGGAGAAAAUAUUAGCUUGUUAGCUACCCUAAAAUUCGAGUUUAAAUUAUGUUAUGUUACAUGUUAUCUUCGUAAAAUUAAAUUUUCUGUUUACUGAUACCUUUUCAAGCCUCAAAAUCUUCCCAGUGCAACGUACCUCACGGACAACCCUUUUUUCACCGACCACACAUUUAUCAGGCUCUUCUCCCGAAUGGGUACCAAACCUCUUCAUUCAAUAACUAUCCGAUUUCUCGGGCUUAUUGGUCGAGAGCUGUUAUCUAUGCUUAGCAGUUGCCUUUGAUCUAUCAGAGAACAGACAUAAGUUUGACGACACAGAAAAACUGUUUCCUUUACUUCGUCCAAAAUGGUACUCAGUUUUGAAAAGUUUACACUUUUCAUGAGAUUAUUUUUGAUUAGUGAAGGCCUCGAGGAAAGUUUAGCAGGAGUUUUUGCCAAAAAGGACAGUAUGCUGCUCACGUGACUGUGACUUUCUUAUUCCUACAUCGUCAUUUUGACGUCAUCUUUGAUCUUCAAGACAAGUCAACAAUCACCAAUCUAUUUUUUAAGAAGACAAAAGGAAGUUCUGUGGUUUCCUUAUGGAACUUGUUUUAAUUUAUCAUAUUCCAUGUCCCACCUAAAUUUGUGCCAAUACAGGCAACAGUGAACCUUAACCUUAACGUCAAUUUGUUUUGUCAUUUUUAAACUGGUGUAUGAGAAUGGAAAUGAAAAGGAUGAAAAAAUAUUUUUCUUGUAUGCCUUUACGUUCAUGACUCUCAUGUUUUAUUAGCGAAUUUAUCUUUUCUUUGAAGCAUAAAUACUUUAAUUAGCUUCUGUUUCCCUUUUUGUGUGUCAUUUAUUGCGUUCUAUCUUCUUAUUAUUGUCAUUUUUCUCGUUAUCCUGUACCUUUUUAAUAAUCUAUUUAAUUAUAGUACCCAACCGCGUCGAUUAGCUUUUGCUAUUGCACUUUUCUGUACGCAUUUAUUCAGUUUACUUGUAACUAAGGUCAAUAAAUAACUGAAAGUUGCUGUUGUUAAUUGUUUCAUUUCAGCAUUCUUGUAUGCAUUGUUGUGAUUGUCAGCACGUAUGAAGUCCGACAAGCAUUGUCUUCUGCUGCGGCUGCCAACCAGACUUUGGAUAUACUGAAGAUGAGGGAAAACUGCGAAAGCCCCCUUAAAGCGGCUUUUGCAUGCCUAUCCCGCAAAUAUCGCACAUUCGACGGCACAUGCAACAACCUGUGCAACAUAACUCAAGGAUCCGCGGAAAGACCACUGGUGCGUUUAGUGCCUUCCGACUAUGAAGGACCUCCCGGAAGUACAGCACCACGAAGUUUGGGAGUUGAUUUUAAGCAACUCACAAAUUGCAGAAAAGUUAGCUUUCAAACUUUGAGGAACAAUGAUACUGCGAAUAGCGACGAUAAGGCUGUAAAUUUUACCCACCUGACAAUGACCUGGGGACAAUUCAUAGAUCACGAUGUCACCUUAACAGAGCUGACUCCAAACACGGAAUGUGGGAUUAACAAUGCACCAUGUGAACAAAUUCCUAAUUGUACUAACAUAAAAAUCCCGAAUGGUGAAGAACUUCUUUUUAACCAAAGUGCACAGUGUAUUCCUCUCAUCAGGUCUUUGAUAAACAAUGAUGGUAACCAGGUCAGUAGAGUAUUCUUCUUUUUCUUGUCCAUAGGACACACUGAGUAGAUCCUUUUUCUUAUAUCGUUUCCCAGAAUCAGUGUCUGAUCCGGACAGGAGAUGCCUUAAAAACAAGUUGGAGUAGAAUUGACUACUAAAAGCGAAAGUUAAGAGCCUUAAAAAGACUGAAAACCAUACAGAUCAAAGCUGGAGUUAUUUUUAGAAGAAAUUUCUAGCAAAUUUAUCGGCAGUUAGUACUUAUAUGGAAAGAAUAUAUUUUUGAAUGACAUUACUUUGUGUGGGCGACCAAAAAAAGCGCGGGAAAAGUCACAUGACAAUUUAGUACAGACAAAGGAUUCCAGAGCUUGAAAAGGUAUACAGAGCGCAAGGAAAGCAUCAUUCACGCGUUGGCAUAUAGUAACGAUUUAUUAUUAUUAAUAUCAUUUUUUCAGAUAAAUAUUAUUACUUCUUAUAUGGAUGGGUCACAAGUGUACGGAUCAAGCGAAGAAGUAUCUCGAAUACUUCGAAGCCCCAAAGGCCACGGACUUCUGGAUGUGGUGCCACUAAGGAACGUUGGAGACCGACCAAGACUUCCGGAUGCUGCUGAAGAAGCUUUUUGUAGAUCUCCUAAUCCAGAAGAAAAACCUUGCUUUCUUGCUGGCGAUAUUCGAGUUAAUGAAAAUCAAGGUAGGAAAGCCUUGGAGUCCUCCUUGACCUUUUGCUAGUAAAAAUCCAGAAAAAAAAUCCAAGAUAACCUUAAUAUCUAAAAAAAUUGGAAAUAGCAUCGUAUUGAAUUUCCUCCCACUAUUAAUAGUUUGUCCAUUUAUUCAUUUGUUGUUUUUUUUUAUACAUUUCAUUUUUCUCUUUUCUUCCAUAUUCUUUUCAACAACUUCUAAGAAUAAAGAAAAAUGAGGAGAAGAGCAAGAUGUAGUGAAACUAAUAAUAUGCACCUGGCAUGUUUAUUUGAAUGAUGACGCCAGAUACACCAGAAACAAUUUGCACUGUAACGUAAGCAAACCUAAGCACGCCAGCGGUGAAGCCGGGAACCGCCUGAAACGAGGGCGUAAUAAUAACGUCGUGGUUUGGAAUGCGCUGCAUGAGAUAAGAACUAGACGGAUUUUAAGACAAAAGGCAGAUUGCAAGCAAUCUAUAAAUUGACAAAGAUUUUGAACAUCUAUUAACCCUCUGGCAAACGCGUAUGUCAUCCCCUAAUACUAUUAUAAUUAAUAAAUUGUCGACGUUUCGUUUCAGAACUCGCCCCUUAGCUAGCGAAUUUUAAGACUAACCAUUGCGUAUUUUUAUUGAUAGCUCUCAUGGCGAUGCACACUUUGUGGGUGCGCGAGCACAACCGUAUAGCAAAAAACCUGAAAUUACUCCGUCCCUACGCGGAUGACGAGACACUGUUUCAAGAGGCGCGUAAGAUUGUAAUAGCAGAACUUCAACAUAUCACCUACAAUGAGUGGCUUCCAGUUUUAUUCGAUGAAAGUUUGGUAAGGACUUUACCUUUCCCUACCAUAAUUGGCGUACCAAUAGCUUAUUAAUAGUUUUAGGAGGAAUAUUACAUUUUAAAGCUAUUUGCAGUUAAUUCUUUAGGUUUGCUCCUAGUGAGGACACUUGUUCUAGUUGAGCCUUGUUCAGUUGAUAGUAGUUUCUAAACUGGUUUGCUAUGUAAAACAACAACAAACAGCAGUGGUUAAAUAUCACUGUGAACGGUGAAGGAAUUCAAAGACUAGUCAACCAAUAAUUUUAUUAUUAUUAUUUCAUUUUUUCUAUCUUUCUGUUUGAACGUUUGGUCCAACGUGUACAUAGAGGAUAUUACACGGUGGUGCGAAGAUAUGAAUUUUAUUUUCGAGUGGCAAAACAAUAUUUUACGAACGAGCACAGCGAGUGAGCAAAAUAUUGUUUUUGCCACGAGAAAAUAAAAUUCAUAUCUUCAAGCCGCCGUGUAAUGUUCUUUUUAUUAUAUAGACAAAAUGACAUUGAUAAAAUAAUAGAGGGAAAUUACCAAAAUUACGUCAUCAAUAAACUCACGUGUGAGAUUAUGGAAAAUAAACCACUCGGGUCCCGGAUGUAGUUUUUAUGAAUUUUACGAGUGGUAUAUUUUCCAGUAAAACACUCGUGUCUAUAUAAUAAAUGUGCUUAUCAUUAAAUACUAGAUAAAAUAAUAUAUAGAUUUAGCCAGGGCUAAAAACGAAGCCUCCGUUUUAUAAACUUAUAAUAUAAUAAACUCUAGGCCACUAAAAAGAAUUCUCCUAAAAUAUCCCGCAAACACGCCUGAAAUGAAAACUCCCAUUAAUCUAAAAGUCUUAUGUUUAAAGCAAAAAAACAAAUCGUCUUAAUACUCUUUGGUAGCGGCCAAUUUUCAAACUUUGUCGCGUUUGCCAAUUCGCUUAAAAUACCAAUUGUAGGUGAAUUUUCCAGGAACUGAUUUCUUUGGGAACGCACUCAAGUUUAGAAAGACAAAGAAAAGUUCGUCGUCGCUUAUUUACGUCCUCCAUAAAUCGUACAAUUACACAUUUUCACGUCGUAGUCGUGUAGUGACCACUUAGAAAUGUACAAAAAAGCGUGACGCGCGUGCAAAGUUGUUGUUUUUCUUUAUAAACUAUUGCUUUUUUGACGUUCUCGUUGCCCUCGCCUUCAUCGUUGCUAAAGCUCCCUAAUAUAAAAGAAAUCGGGCCGACUUUUGUGUUCGCCAUAAGUUUAUUAUGUUUUCUUUCUAUCGGGCUCGGAAUGGAACAGUUAUGUGGAAUUUUUUUAAAAAAGCGUGACUAAGCUAAACACACAUCCUUAAGACUAUAUUUUUAAAAGCUUUUUCUCGUAAGUCAAACAAACGAAAUUCAAUAUCUUUACUGGAAAAACUUCAUUGCCUGCCGCUAUGAAAACUGCUUAACGUUUCUCCAAGACAAACACAAGAUGCAUGUCUUGGAUUCCCCGUCCCCUCCCUUUGCAGAAUCUAUUUAGUCCCUCCCUGCCAGUCCCUAUUGGUUGUCGGUCGUACGCUGACGUUAUAAGCAAAUUUUCUGGCAUCGAUUGGUUUCCACUUUCUACAGCAAUGAAGGCUUCGCCGAGCGCACUUCGCGCGCGGAGGCUCUGCUAUGAGCGUGAGGUCUUUAUGGGCCAGUUUACGAUGGCAAGUCAAAAAAGAACCACUGUAAAACCCAUACAGAUCGGACGUGAAUAUCUUAUAAAACUUGUGAAAUGAAACAGUUAGUAGAUAGAUCUUUGUCAAAAACUAAUUAAUACAAAACAAAUAAACAAAUACUAAUUAGCUGAGCUGGAGUUUGAAUCAAAAGUUAAUUCUACCGUUAAAAAAUUCACCAACCUAAUUGAUUUGUAUUAGGGUUUACAGAGGUGUACAUGUGAUUCACAUACUACAUAUAAAAAUUAAUUGGUUAUAACUUUGAUGGAUAAUUAAUGAAUGUUACAAUUGGGGUUAAAGAGAAUAUAAAUUAUAUGUGUAGACCAUGAAUUUGUCCUCUAUGAUUUGAACUUAUUAACCAACUACGUACAUCGCUGGCCGGGGAGCGCAUUUACAUUUAAUGCACCAUCCUUGACACAUUUAAUACAACAAAGCGCAUCUAAAAAAUAUUCUUACAUAUUUAUUUCAGAGAAAAGAAUUUGGUGUUCUUCUAAAUCCUAAAGGAACAUUCUUCACCGGAUAUGACCCCAAUGUGAAUCCGGAAUGCAAAAACGUUUUCUCUACAGCUGCUCUGAGAAUGGGUCACAGUCUGAUUCGUCCUACUUUUACGCUGAGGACAGGAGACGGCUUUUUUAGACGGUUUGGAGGGCGUGAUAGAACCAUUAGUCCAUUUUUAGAACAGAUUGAGCCUAAAGUCGAUUUUUUUAACCCAGUGAGGUUCUUCAAUAAAAACGAACUCAGCUUUGUAUCAAGAAUCUUGAUUGGGCUGACUGCAGUACAAGCUCGGGCUAUUGACAAGUAAGAAUAGGACCCAUAUAAAUUAUCUUAACGUUAAUUAGACUGGGCUUGUUUUAGACAUCUACGUAGGGGGGGGGGUGUGGCUACUGUCCACUAGGGAGAGUGUUUUUUUGUGAACGAUCUUCCCAUAGUUGAAGUUGCCUCCAGGAAAUUUCUAUGGAUAGGUAAAAAAAGAGAACUACAGAAUUGCCCAUGAAAAAUCCAUGGGUCAACAAGAACCCAAAGCAGCUCAGACAGUCAAGAGGCAGAGAGAUAUUCAGAGCACUAGAAGUUACGUGCUGUUCACGUGCCGUGUUCCCCUCUGUGCCAAAGCCUAACUGCACCGCAAUACACUUUUAAAACGUUUGACACUCACUGCGGGAUUUCGAGCACUAGUGUCAAUGUUUUUACUCUUAAUAAUCAUUCAAAAUCACCUCCAGACACUUUGAUGCUUUCGUUGCAUCAGUAGUAGAGAAUUCUUUCCUUAGAAAAAAGUUGGAACCAGUUUUGGUGACUUGUACGUUGGCUGGCGAGCGACAAUCUGACGUGCCGGUUCUAAAUAAAAGAAAAGAAAAGCUGCAAUGGCACUGGACAACGCGUGAAUGAACUCAACGCCUUCUUUGUUGUCGUCUCAAAAUUAAGCGCUGAAUCACUAUCGCUAAACGUAACUGGUAUGGAGGUUUUAUUAAGAGUGAAAAGAAAAAAACGGUAGAAAAGGGCGUUAAACCGGGAAAUCGUGUUUAAGUUGUUUUCCCCUUGGGCAUUACAAGUUAUCAACGUGUAACCGCAAACACGAUAUUUAUUAGAACCCAAAGCUCAGGGGGGAAAAAGGUCUAGUGUAACCCUAUUCAGAAUGGGCCUUUUUGUUUUGCUUCCUGUGACCGGGAGCCCCCCCUCUAUAACUUCAAAACUGCUCAUGAUACGGCCGCCAAAUUACACAGAAUAAUGUACUCAUCUCGAAUUGUUGAAAUAUAUUCCACUUUCCUUAAAAAUCCGUAUAAAUCGAGGUAGUCGUUACAGAAAAAUUUAUCUGUGUAUAAAAGAAUGCUUAAAAAGCAGAAAAAAUCCGCAAGUUAUGAAAUUCCGAGGGAAUUUAUCUCUGUUAAAAAUUAGACCCAGAAUCUGCCAUUUCGUCACUCACGUUUUUUCUCCAAUCAGUUUCUAAAAAGACUGGAUUACACCAUCAGUUAUAAUGAAUUUAAUGAAAUAUUGCUAAAUUAACCGUAAUUCUAAAAUACAAUUAGCAAAGAUAAAAAUAAAUCUUUUUUCGUAGGAAAAGAGUAAAUUUGAAAAACAUGGCUGUCAAAACUCGGUUGCCGUGGUAAUGAUAAUGUUGACGUAAGCGUCGAGAUGACUUUACUAAAUAAAAUGUCUCCAGAUAAUUUUUAGGAAAAGUCGCCAAGUUUGGUGGUCGUACCUUGAACGGUUUUGAAGCUAUUUAACUUUUUAGGGAGGGGUGGCUGAGUCUGAAUAGCGUUAACCGCACCUGUUAUCAAAGGUAAAGUCAGUCAGUUUCACUAUGUUUUGAUUUCCCAAUCGAAGUAAUCUCGCCAAUUACACUGUAUUCUCUUAAAUCCUGUUAUCCUACCAAAUUUUUAAAGCCCAGUACUUGUCAAAUCGUUAUAAGAACCUCGUUAAAAAGGGGGAGCUUGAUAAAAAGGGGGACUGGGACUUAAUAGAGAGAGUUAGAAGUAUUUUUAUCUGUAUUCUUAUUGUCAUAAUAUCAUUGCCAUUUUCGUCGGUACGACUCUCUUUUCAGCCUUCAGCCUUGUUGGUGGAGGGACAAUAAGCAUUUGUCAAGAUUUUUUUUCUCAAGUCUUUCGCUAUUCUUUUGUUUUCUUUCUUUCUUGCUUCUUUUUUUAUUUUUAUUUCCCCCUUUUCCAUCGAUUUUAAGCCACUUAUAGAGUCAUAUUCCUUUUAUAGGUUCUUUUCUAACAUCGUACGCGAGCAACUCAUCAUCGAAGGACCCACCCCUGAUGGUAUUGUUGGUGAUCUUCCUGCCAUAAAUUGUCAGCGUGGUCGGGAUCAUGGCUUACCGGGCUUCACCAAGUACCUAGAGGCACUAGGUUUAGGACAAGUCACUAAGUUUUCAGAUCUUUUGGACACUUUCUCCCAAAGCCAGAUUACCAAAUUUCAGUUGGUAUACAAAAAUGUCAAAGAUAUUGAUAUAUUUAUGGGCGGCAUAACACAGAAGCCUGCUCCAGGAAGUCGGCUGGGCAGCGUGUUUACAGCGAUUUUACUAAAGCAGUUUUCUGCGUUCCGCCAUGGUGACCGAUUUUGGUAUGAGAGAGAUGACCACCAGACGGGGUUUACGAUCACUCAGUUGGACGAGAUAAGAAAAUCUUCCAUGGCUAGGAUUUUGUGUGACAAUCUCGACGGCGUGACCUUCACUCAUGAAAGGGUUUUCGAGAAUAGAUUUGGCCAAAAAAGGAGGGCCUGUUCAGACUUGGAUUACGUAAACUUGAAAGAAUUCAGUCAAGGUAAUAUUUGCUUUUGCUAA